AUGUCCAUACUACAUUUUUUGGCACGAAAUAUUCUUUCCAGCUUCAUCCUCUCUUCCUUAUUCUCACAAAAUGCAUCAGCAGCAGUGGCACAGAAUGGUAUCUGUGAUACGAGUCGAGAUAUUUUUUUGCGUAUUGAACCAAGUGGAAAUCCUCAGGUUUAUUUGCACUGCAUAUCCGUCGGUUUUGGAACGUUGGGUGUUUGGCAAUUGGAAUCUUGUCCAGCUGGUCAAAUAUUUUUCUACAGUGAACAACGGUGUAUCAGUGUGGAGCAACGAAUUGCCCAGGAAAUGCACGAAUUACCCGUGAACAGCUUUAUU